ACGAAACGAGUCAUUUAUCGAGGACAUGGAAAUAAUACGAAGAGGACACUAAGCUAAACCGUGUGUGGAUCGGUUCGUGAACUUUUUCUGAAUCGUGAUUUAUGCAAAAAAAAAUUGUUUGGAUAAAUACAGCUUCUUGAUAAGUGUCGCAAACUGCGUUUUAUAACUCUGUGGAUGUGGCAGUUUUUUUUUAUAAUAUAGUGCUUGUGUGGCAGUAGUGUCGUAUAUUUAUUCUCUAAAUAUUUGUUUUGUAGUUUGUUUGACAAACUAACAUGCGGAAACAGGCAGGACACAAACUAAAUAGUUUUGCUCGCUGCAGUCCACGAGCGUUUUAUUUCGUAAGGACACAUUAUCACCCGAAAUUACAUUUUUAAGGAAACUCUCAUUGGGUGAGUAAAGCUAUGAUGACUCACUCAUUCAUCAUGAUAGCCCUCAUAUGGUUAUAGUGUUUCUUAAAUAGACUAAUACCACAACCUUAGUAAUAUAAUGCAGGACAAUUUCAUGUGCAUGGGAACCUUUGAUGUGACAUGAACCAGAGAUGAUUAAUUUUUUAUUAUGGAAGACACCACAACCAUUUUUUUUCUUCCUUAGUGGACAUUGCUUUUGUCACACAUAAUGGCUGUGAUGGAUUUGAACUUGACCACUGUCGUUGACAGCGGUUUCAUUGAAAGCGACCAGUCGACUCGAGUUCUCACCGGUUGCUUUCUUUCUCUUCUGAUUCUUUCCACCUUACUGGGAAACACAUUGGUCUGCGCAGCUGUCACAAAGUUUCGCCACCUACGCUCUAAAGUCACAAACUUUUUUGUCAUCUCGCUGGCGGUGUCGGACUUGCUGGUGGCCAUUCUGGUCAUGCCCUGGAAGGCUGUGACAGAGGUAGCUGGCUUUUGGCCGUUCGGUUCCUUCUGUGACAUUUGGGUGGCUUUUGAUAUCAUGUGCUCCACAGCUUCCAUCCUGAACCUCUGCGUUAUCAGUGUGGACCGAUACUGGGCCAUUUCCAGCCCGUUUCGCUACGAGAGGAAGAUGACUCCCAGGGUGGCCUUUGUGAUGAUCAGUGUGGCUUGGACACUGUCUGUGCUCAUCUCAUUCAUCCCAGUACAGCUAAAAUGGCACAAGGCGCAGCCGACAAGCUUCUCGGAGGUCAACGAUUCUCACGGCGCUUUGCCGAUGGACAACUGUGAUUCAAGUCUCAACAGGACGUAUGCUAUUUCCUCCUCCCUCAUCAGCUUUUACAUUCCCGUCGCCAUCAUGAUCGUAACAUACACUCAGAUCUACAGAAUCGCCCAGAAGCAGAUCAAAAGGAUCUCCGCCUUGGAACGGGCGGCCGAGAGCGCCAAGAUCCGGCACGACAGCAUGGGUAGCACUUCCAACGUGGAUUCGGAGAGCUCCUUCAAACAGUCAUUCAAAAGGGAAACGAAAGUGUUAAAAACUCUCUCUGUUAUAAUGGGAGUAUUCGUUUGCUGCUGGCUGCCCUUUUUUAUCCUGAACUGCAUCGUGCCGUUUUGUAAACACAGUGCAAAAAGCGGUGACACCAAUCUGCCCUGCAUCAGUCCAACAACCUUUGAUGUUUUCGUGUGGUUCGGAUGGGCGAAUUCAUCGCUCAACCCAAUCAUAUACGCCUUCAAUGCUGACUUUCGCAGAGCUUUUGCCAUCCUACUGGGGUGCCAAAGACUCUGUCCAGGCAUUAAUAGCAUGGAUACGGCCAGCUUGAACAAAAACUGAAAAGCAAAACUGAAAUGCAUCACUCUUCUCUCUGUAACGUAAGGGAGACCUCAUGCGUGGAUGGAUUGGCCUGUGAGCCAUGUGUGUCACACCAGUUCAUUGCCAAAGAAGGCUAUUGGAAAAUAGAUUUGGGAUUAAAACUGUGGGAUGUAGGACAGCAGGUCUGAUGUUUCUUAAGCAAGGAUGCUUUUUAUAAUACGUUAACUUCUCUAAAAUGAUGCAUGGUUGGCCUCGUAGUUGCGUGCAGGUUAUUUCAUGCCAAACUGUUUACCAAUGAAUAACUGAAUUUACAAGUCACUUGCAUAAACUAGAAAAGUGUCAUUUUAUGAUCAUAAAAAUACAGAAUGUUCAUGAGAAACUG